AAGUAUUAUUCAAGUAGAUAUUUGGCUACUAGCGUCGAUGUGUAAUUUGCACCCAACCAUAGUUAAAUAACAUUUUUAAUUUUUUGUAUUUUGUCGGUUUUUCCGACAAUAGAAAUUAACAAACUCCUACGACUAUGGCGUACUGUAUGAGAGUUUUGCAUCGCCACAGUGUUGGAGUAAUCGCCACAGAAUUACAAGCACGAUGUUUCCAUGUAUCACCGUUAGCUUCGGCUGCGGCCAAAGUGGCAAUGAGUAAAUUUGAUACCGAUACCUACUUGCCUUACGAUAAAUUAUCAUCGAAUCUUAAAGUUGUAAAAAAACGAUUAUCACGGCCUUUAACCCUUUCUGAAAAGAUUUUAUAUUCUCAUCUUGAUGAACCUGAUAAGCAAGAAAUUGUCCGAGGAGAAUCAUAUUUACGAUUGCGACCUGAUCGUGUUGCUAUGCAAGAUGCAACCGCUCAGAUGGCUAUGUUACAAUUCAUAUCCAGUGGUUUACCAAAAGUUGCUGUUCCAUCUACCAUCCAUUGUGAUCAUUUAAUCGAAGCCCAAGUUGGUGGAGUUAAAGAUCUUGCCCGCGCAAAAGAUGUAAACAAAGAAGUUUACAGUUUUCUUCAAAGUGCUGGUGCCAAAUAUGGUGUUGGUUUUUGGAAACCUGGCUCUGGUAUUAUCCAUCAAAUUAUUCUUGAAAACUAUGGCUUUCCAGGAUUACUUAUGAUUGGUACAGAUUCGCAUACACCCAAUGGUGGUGGAUUAGGUGGUCUUUGCAUUGGUGUUGGUGGGGCUGAUGCCGUUGAUGUAAUGGCAAAUAUUCCAUGGGAAUUGAAAUGUCCAAAAGUAAUUGGCGUUCAUUUAACUGGAGCACUAAAAGGUUGGACGUCACCCAAAGACAUUAUUCUGAAAGUAGCUGAUAUUUUAACAGUAAAAGGAGGUACUGGUGCUAUUGUUGAGUAUUUUGGACCAGGGGUUGAUAGUAUUUCAUGUACUGGUAUGGCAACUAUUUGUAAUAUGGGAGCCGAAAUUGGUGCAACAACAUCUGUCUUCCCAUAUGGUGUCCGAAUGGCCAAAUACUUAAAUGCAACUGGCCGUGGAGAUAUUGCCGAUGUAGCUCAGCAAUAUAAAGAUCAUCUCUUAACAGCUGAUAAAGAUGCUAACUAUGAUCAAGUUAUUGAACUUAAUUUGGAUACAUUAGAACCCCAUGUAAAUGGACCUUUCACACCUGAUUUAGCGUCACCAAUUAGCAAACUUGGUGCUAAUGCUAAGAAAAACAGUUGGCCAAUGGAUAUUAAAGUAGGUCUAAUUGGUUCAUGUACAAACAGUUCAUAUGAAGAUAUGGGUCGUUGUGCAUCAAUCGCUCAGGAAGCAAUGAAGCAUGGCCUUAAAUCAAAAAUUACCUUUAAUGUAACACCCGGAUCUGAACAAGUUCGUGCUACAAUUGAACGUGAUGGUAUUGCUAAAACUUUAAGAGAUUUUGGUGGUACCGUUUUGGCCAAUGCUUGUGGACCCUGCAUUGGUCAAUGGGAUCGUAAAGAUGUCAAAAAAGGUGACAAAAAUACCAUUGUAACAUCUUAUAAUAGAAAUUUCACUGGUCGUAAUGAUGCCAACCCAGCAACACAUUGCUUUGUUACAAGCCCUGAAUUGGUAACUGCAUUGAGUAUUGCCGGUUCUUUAGAUUUCAAUCCAUUAAAGGACACCUUAAAAGGUGCAGAUGGUAAAGAAUUUAAGUUGUCAGAUCCAUUCGGUGCUGAAUUACCAGUUAAAGGAUUCGACCCUGGUGAGGAUACAUACCAACACCCACCUCCAUCAGGCAGCAAUUUGAAGGUUGAUGUGGAUCCAAAAAGUAAUAGAUUGCAAUUACUUGAACCAUUCGACAAAUGGAAUGGAAAAGAUUUAACCGAUUUAACAGUUUUAAUAAAAGUAAAAGGUAAAUGCACAACCGAUCACAUCAGUGCUGCUGGUCCAUGGCUCAAAUUUCGAGGACAUUUAGAUAAUAUUUCCAAUAACAUGUUUAUUGGUGCCACAAAUAGUGAAAACAAUGAAAUGAAUAAAAUUAAAAAUCAAACUACUGGCGAAUGGGGUACCGUACCAGAUGUAGCUAGAGAUUACAAAAAGAAAGGUAUUGGUUGGGUAGCAAUUGGUGAUGACAAUUACGGUGAAGGAUCAAGUCGAGAACAUGCUGCAUUGGAACCAAGACAUCUUGGUGGACGAGCAAUUAUUGUAAAAUCAUUUGCACGUAUCCAUGAAACUAACUUGAAAAAGCAAGGUCUUUUACCUUUGACAUUUGCCAAUCCAGCUGAUUACGAUAAAAUUCAACCAACCGAUAAGAUUUCAUUACUUGGAUUAAAAGAUUUGGCACCUGCUAAACCAGUUGAUUGUGUUAUUAAACAUGCAAACGGUUCUGAAGAUAAAAUUAAAUUGAACCAUACUUUGAACGAGCAACAAAUUCAAUGGUUCAAGGCUGGAAGUGCUCUUAACUUAAUGAAACAAUUAACAAAAUAAAUGCAAGGAAGUUUAGAAUUUUUAUGAAUGCUUUCUUUUGUACUUGGUCUGGUCUUUCGUCGUAACUUUUAAGUAUUCAAGUUUUCAUAUACAAGAAUAAUAAGAAUAAUAAGUUCAUAUAUAAGAAUAAUAAGACAGUAGAAAACAUAAUUUCGAUUAUUAUGCCAUUAUGUAAAAUCAAGCAAGCAAUCAUUUUUAAAUUAUAAUACACGUACUUAUUAUUACUUCCAAUUUUACUGGCUGGCUUUCUAAAAAUAAUGACGUGAACAAUAAAUAGCAGUGAUAUCUUUGCCAUAGUAGUAGUUCACAAAAACUAUUCUUAUUAAAUAAAGUAUUUUAUUUCUGAGAAAUUCAAUUCGGUAUUAUACUCAAUAAAAACUGUUUUAG